AUGGCCGAGCAAGAUAUGAAUCAGGAGCAAGAUGGGUCAAACAGAUCGGAUUCUUCCAUGCCAUCUUUCUCGUCUAUUCCACAGACUCAACCUCCGUCGGGCUCCCUACUUGAUGCGGCCAUCAACCAAUUGCUCAGAGAGCGGCCAAGUCAAGUAGACAGUAAUUACACCUUCGAGUAUCGAGAACUUCGAGAUAUCAAUUUGGUGCAACACGCUCCGACUGAAUGCAAAUCUGGUGAUACACUAAUCAUAGUCAACUUCCCCCAAGGCUAUAAGAACUGUAAAUGGAAAGCGUGGUCCUCGAAACGAUUCCAUGCUCAUUCGAAGAAUCUCCUUGCUACUGGUUCGAAAGUCUUCGCACACUUAUUCUCACCCGAAGAACAAGCCCGUAUUCGGAAGAGGGUCGGCGAUUCUCUCCCACAGAAGUAUGUUCUUGAUCUUACACCUUCAGUCGAAGGGGAUGAGCUGGCCGCUCAGCUUAUAGAACUGUCUCUUCCUCCCGGUGUGAGAGACUGGUGGACAUCCAAAGAGAGGCUUGGCAUACCGCAAUAUCUUGUUUCGGGACAUGAUGACCAUUGCCCCCUUCAUACCCAAGUCCUCAUCGGCUGUCAGAAAACUGACAAAUACGUCGAACAUCAGAUGGGACGGGAGGAAGAACUCCCAAAGAUCGACCUAGCUCAUAUUACGAUCCCAGAAUCCAGAAUCAUCCUCGAUUAUUGUCCUAUACGACAUCGCGCCAACAUCAUUCGCCUCAUCCUAGCUAUCCAGGGUCACGACCUAGUUUUGAACUCUGCACCACGAGUCUACACCCUCACCGGCAUCGCUCACAUACUAGAUUGUACCAGUAUUAUUCGGGAUUCGGUGUAUACUUGGCUGAUGACAGAGUCUAACACUGAAUUUAUUGACAUCAAUGCCGAGGCUGCUUUCAAGAUGGCAUGGACAUUGGAGUUAGCCAAUGUCACUCGAGCCGCCUUCCGUAUCCUCGUAGUCGAGAGGGCCUUUGAUACACUAUCUAUUGAACCUCGUGCGGAAGAAGCUCGGUAUACAAUAUUCGGUCGCCCUCGUGUAGAUCUUCCUGAUGAUCUGCAGACAGUUGUUCAAUAUGCAGCACUCAAGCUUGUUGAACGUGUCCAGCAGACGCUCGGAAAGCUGAAAUCUGAUCAAUUUUACGAUCUGCUGGAAAUCUCAGAAUACCAGAAACUAGUACGGACCGGCGAGCUUAUCCUCAACGCUUGUCAAAAAACCGACCAACCAGGUCACACUGAGAUAAAAGAACUGUCAGGUCUAUGCAUGGCCCUUCUCAAUAAGUUACUAGAAUAUAAGACUCGGAUUGUGCACGAAGCAAUGGCGACCCCGCUUUGUAAUAACCUGCAAAGAGACUACGAUCGCGACCGCCGUUGCUAUAUCCCCGAAACGAGCUGGAAUCCUACUAGUCAUAUCUACAGCAAGUUCUCUGAUGCUCAGCGUCUGCUGACCCCAAACUUCUGGGAGGAGCUCGCCUCAUACCCCUACACAUAUACUCGAGCUUGCUACCCGGACCAGUUUCUCGGCGAUGCUAUAGACAGGUUCAACACCCAGAUGGAUAAGGCUUUGCAUUAUCUUCCCGCCACCGGACGGCAUUUUAACUUGGCUGAGUUCCGCAAGCAACUUAAUAUCGCCCUAGAAGAUCUAUGGGUGAUUUGGACGAAACCAAAUUUAGAAACCCCUCUUACCCGAACGAGACACAUGCUUCUUGCACUAUCAGAAGACGAGUUUCAAUACCUUCCACUUUGGGCUGGCGGACUCGAUGAUGGAACGGGUGGUGUCUUUGAGCCUACCGUACCCGAUGCAGACCUUGGGCCGAUCGGACCCGGCCCGGCAUAUCGUACCGGCGAGACAGUAGCGACGGAUUGCUCGAGUAUCUGCCAAUCGGACAAGACGCCGAGCGACGUUAGCACCGUGACUUUGACGGCCGGACGGUCGCUAGCAGCUGUGCAUUCUAACGCGGUGCCUACUACUGUGAACGACGGCGUAUCCACUAAUACCAUGUCUACGUCUUCUAUCGUCAUGGUGGAUGAGGUGAACGAGCUGGAUGAUGAGUCCGACGAUGCGUUCGAAUUUGACGAUAGCGACGAGAUUAGCGAAGAGGCCUGGUCUCAGGUCGAAGAACCUUGA